AGAAAACAAAUAUGAUUUUCUCCUCGUUCCCCUGGUCGAAAGAAGACAAUGGAGAAGACAGUCAAAAUUCUGGUGGGCCAUGUUCAAUAGGAAUGACGAAGAAACCAUUUAAAUACAUGGAGUGUGAAAAGAGAGCGGAUAAACAAUUUGAAAGCAUGGAGUGUGGAAAGAGCUUCACUGACAGAGGAACACUUAGAAAACAUCAACAAACUCACACAGGAGAGAAACCAUUUAAAUGUAUUGAGUGUGGGAAGAGCUUCAGUCACAGUGGAAGGCUUAGAAUUCAUCAACGGACUCACACAGGGGAGAAACCAUUUAAAUGCAUGGAGUGUGGAAAGAGCUUCAGUCAGAAUGGACACCUUAGAAUUCAUCAACGGACUCACACGGGGGAGAAACCAUUUAAAUGCAUGGAGUGUGGAAAGAGCUUCAUUCACAGUGGAACACUGAGAAAACAUCAACAAACUCACACAGGAGAGAAACCAUUUAAAUGUACUGAGUGUGGAAAGAGCUUCACUGAGAGAGGAAAACUUGCAAUUCAUCAACGGACUCACACGGGGGAGAAACCAUUUAAAUGCAUGGAGUGUGGAAAGAGCUUCACUGAGAGUGGAACACUUAGAAUUCAUCAACGGACUCACACGGGGGAGAAACCAUUUAAAUGCAUGGAGUGUGGAAAGAGCUUCAUUCACAGUGGAAAACUUAGAAUUCAUCAACGGACUCACACUGGGGAGAAACCAUUUAAAUGCAUGGAGUGUGGAAACAGCUACAGUCAGAAAGGAAACCUUAGAAUUCAUCAACUGACUCACAUGGGGGAGAAACCAUUUAAAUGCAUGGAGUGUGGAAAGAGCUUCAGUCAGAAUGGACACCUUAGAAUUCAUCAACAGAAUCACAUGGGGGAGAAACCUUUUAAAUGCAUGGAGUGUGGAAAUAGCUUCACUGAGAGUGGAACACUUAGAAUUCAUCAACGGACUCACACGGGGGAGAAACCAUUUAAAUGCAUGGAGUGUGGAAAAAGCUUCAUUCACAGUGGAAAACUUAGAAUUCAUCAACGGACUCACACGGGGGAGAAACCAUUUAAAUGCAUGGAGUGUGGAAAGAGCUACAGUCAGAAAGGAAACCUUAGAAUUCAUCAACGGACUCACACGGGGGAGAAACCAUUUAAAUGCAUGGAGUGUGGAACGAGCUUCACUAAGAGUGGAACACUUAGAAUUCAUCAACGGACUCACACGGAGGAGAAACCAUUUAAAUGCAUGGAGUGUGGAAAGAGCUUCAUUCACAGUGGAACACUAAGAAAACAUCAACGGACUCACACGGGGGAUAAACCAUUUAAAUGCAUGGAGUGUGGAAAGAGCUACUGUCAGAAAGGAAACCUUAGAAUUCAUCAACGGACUCACACGGGGGAGAAACCAUUUAAAUGCAUGGAGUGUGGAAAGAGCUUCAGUCAGAAUGGACACCUUAGAAUUCAUCAACGGACUCACACGGGGGAGAAACCUUUUAAAUGCAUGGAGUGUGGAAAUAGCUUCACUGAGAGUGGAACACUUAGAAUUCAUCAACGGACUCACACGGGGGAGAAACCAUUUAAAUGCAUGGAGUGUGGAAAGAGCUUCACUAAGAGUGGAACACUUAGAAUUCAUCAACGGACUCACACGGGGGAGAAACCAUUUAAAUGCCUGGAGUGUGGAGAAAGCUUCCCUAAGAGUGCAACACUUAGAAUUCAUCAACGGACUCACACGGGGGAGAAACCAUUUAAAUGCAUGGAGUGUCGAAAGAGCUUCAUUCAAAGUGGAACAUUAAGAAAACAUCAACGGACUCACACAAGGGAGAAAGCA